AUGCAACAAACAAUGUGGCAUGACACAAACAUUGUUGAAACCACACCUAUGAACAAGCUAGCAACUAUCAACCAAGAUUCUCAAUUUUGCUACUCUACAUUUCUCAUCAAUUCCUUCAUUAGAAAUCUUUUCAUAACUAAAACCGAACCAUCUCAUCUUCAACACCAUCGUUUCGGAUGGAAAGCGAUGAGCCAUCUAUGUGUUGUGGUAGUAGUGAUGCUAUGGCUUUGGCUUUCCAUAUUUCUACAACGACAUCAAGAUACACUUUCAUAUCAUGUUCGGAAAUUCCAACCACCACCAUAUGGUAUUCAAACUCAAGUAUUGGCAUUGCAUACAGAUUCAUCAUCGUGGCCAUCAUCAGACGUACGUUCAGCACGAUCGAACAGAGAUGAUACUCAAGGCGCUGAUGCUCUCGAGAGGCAAAAUUUAAAUUCAGGAGAAUAUUCCAUGUGGAGAGUGGAAAGUCAAAGUGGUGACAAUAUUCUAAAUUGUAGUUCUUCUUACACAAAUUUUACUCUCAAAUUUUAUGUUGGAACGACGAACACUCAACAGUCCAAUUUUUUAACUCCCAUGCAUCAGGAUCGAAUUUUCACUCCUAAUGAGACGUGUGGCAACAGUUCAAAGAAUCCAUGUGAACAAAUGGGACAAGUCUUUGACUAUAUUAAUGAAAGAAUGAUGCAAGAUAGUGUCAACUACAAGUGUCUCAAUUAUAAUAUCACCAUUGUUGUGUUGCAUAACAUGAUGGAACGACAACUAUACACACGUGUUGUAUGUGGAAAUAAGAUUGUAAAUAUUGACAAGUCAAAAAACGAUGUUAAGCUUUCUCUCACCAUCACAAGUGACAGUUCAACAAAACUACAUACUCUGAGUUGCAGUUAUAUGUAUGGAGAACCAUUUGUGACAGAUCCUUCAUCAAUUACUUCACUGUAUUUAGAGAAUAUUGUGAUGGAUAGUAUGGUACUUUCUCCAGUUAGAAUUUAUAACUCAUUUCUAACCAACACAAGAGUGAGUUUUAUUGAAUUGGAAAAAGUGAAUAUCACGAAAGCGCAAAUUCUGGACAGUGAAAUUACUUUUUUUCAGGUUUCUCAAGUCUACAUGUAUGAUGUGACAGUUUCAGGCGGACUAACCAUGACCGAUUGUUCCAAUAUAUACUUGGAGGAGUUUGAAUUCUAUGAAAUAGUGUAUGGUAUUGGUGAACCAUUCAUUAAGAUACAAAAUGUGGAAAAGCUUGUGUUCAAUUCAAGUCAAUUUGAAUUAGGUAGAAAAUCAAAAGUAACCAUUUCGAUAGCUAUUGAUAUUUAUAUUCAGAAUACAGUUUUUAUAUAUCGUGACCUCAAAUACGAGCAGCCAUAUGAAGAGGAAGAUUAUGGACUUGUUAUCAAAUUAUUUAUUAGACUUUUCAUCAUUGACAGUACAUUCAAAAAGAGAAAUAGUCUACAAGGAUGGCUCAAGUUAAUUAGUGGAGGUUAUGCCAUGAUUCAACAGUCGCAUGUACUCGACAAUGUGUGCACAAAAGCGGAAAGUAUCUUUUUCUUUUACCUUUGUGAAAAUGUUGCUAUAAUAGAAUCUACAUUUAAGAAUAAUGAAGCGCCACAUGGUGGUGGAAUUAUGGCUUCACGAGUGAAUGAAUUUUCCAUCUAUGGAUCUGAAUUUACUAAUAACACAGCAAGAUUGGGUGGAGGAGGAGCAGUUUCAUUACUGGAAUUAGCGGAUUGGUUUGAUAUUCGACAUACGACAUUUGUAUUGAACUCGGCACGUUAUGGUGGUGCUAUUUAUCUAUCGAAUGGAGUUGGUGGUUCUCUCAAUGUUAAAAAUUGCUCGUUUGUGGAGAAUUAUGCAUGGGAAGCAGGUGGAGCUCUCUAUACUGUGAACUCGACCUAUAUUGCAUUGUGGAAUUCUAAUUUUGAGUCCAAUCAAGUGAAAUCAAGUGUUGAUUUGAACGAUUCCUAUGAAACUGGUUGCAGUUGCAUUACAACCUCAAUAGCACCCAUUGGAACUGGAGGCGCUGUUUCUUUAUUUAACACACUCUCCUAUUUUUCCAAUACUACAUUCAGUAAGAAUGAUGCAAAAAGAGGAGGUGCUAUCUUUACCACAUCAACAUGCAACGUGCAACGUUCAACCUUUUCAGAGAACUCUGCCUCCAUUAGUGGAGGAGCUUUAUUUUUCGUCACCAAACCUCCUCUCUUGAACCAAGUCGAGCUUUUAGAUAACCGUGCAGGUGUUUAUGGAUUUGACACUGCAAGCCCAACUAUGGCUUUUACUCAAUCCAUUAUUGAGCCAAAACUCAACGAUCGAAAAAUAUCAGUUUAUUUAGGCGAACAGUUAGUGAUCAAAUUUAAGGACAUGACAGAUCGAAAAGGAAAUAUCAUUUCAGUCAUGUAUGAAUGUCCUACAGUAUCACUCUCAGACCCACGUUUCACAUUGACGAGAAAUGAUUCAAAAUUUAAAGAAAAUUUAUUGGAACUUGGUAUUUUGGCCAAACCAACCAUUGAGCAUCUAGAAUUUGGAGAAGACAUGAUCAAUUUGACGCUACACCUUGGUUUUUCUCAAACACAAGUCCAUAAUUUAACCAUUUACAUCCAAGAAUGCCCAACCGACUUUGUGAUUCAAAAUGGAAAAUGUGAAAUUGGUUUCCCAUUCAGUACAGUCAUUCCAGGUAUUAUUGCAGGAACUGUGGUGGCUACCUUAUUAGGAAUCGUUCUUGGAUCUCUUUCAUGUUUAGGAUGUGCUUUUGCAAGUUGGAAAAUAUAUCGAGUGGCAAGAGGUGUCUACUUGAGACAACGUUCCGAAAAGGAAAUUGAAGAGAAGUUAUUGGUUCAUGAUUUAUCCAUUUCGGAUUAUGGAUCAAUGAAUAGCAGUGCAGAAGAAAGACCUUCUCUAUUAGGAAAGAAUGCCAGUAAUUAUAUCAUUUCGGCUAGUGAGUUAAAAAUUGAAAAGAAAAUUGGAGAAGGAGCGAGUGGAAGUGUGUUUAAAGCAAAAUAUAACAUGAUGGACUGUGCUGUGAAAACGAUUAUCAAAAAGGAAGAUGCUCAUGAAAAUUUUGAAAAGGAAGUCAUGCUUCUCGUUCAACUUCGACAUCCAAAUAUUAUUAGUUUUUAUGGCAUUUGUAUUUCUGAAAAUCAAUUGUGUAUGGUUGUGGAAUUGGGUCAAAAUGGAAGCUUAGAAGAAAUGAUUAAGGAAAUGAAAAAAGGAAGAGUGAAAAAAAAGUUUAAAGAAAAGUUAAAGAUAUUAAUUGGAAUUUCGAAUGGUAUGAAAUAUCUUCAUGGAAUUCAACCAAAAUGUUUGAUUCAUAGAGAUUUGAAACCUGCCAAUAUUAUUUUGGAUCAUUCAAAUACUCCAAAGGUUUGCGAUUUUGGAUUGAGUCGUGAAAUAUCCACUCACACUCAGACGCAUUCACUGACUGGUAACAUUGGAACUUUAAUCUACAUGAGUCCCGAGCUCAUCCUUGAGGAAGAUUCUGAUAAUGGACCCAAUAAUCUAAUGAAAGAAAACGCCACAAAAAUAGAUGUUUAUUCUUUUGCGAUCAUCAUGUACGAAUUGUUAUUUGAAGAGACACCUUACUGGAAUGAAAAUUGUGAAAAAUUGAACUAUUUUCAUCACCUCAAUGCCGAGAAAAAAGUGAAGGCGUUCAAUUUAUUGUAUCAUGUUGCAAAUAACGAAAAGAGACCGCUCGUUCCGUUUUUAAAUGUUGAUGAGAUGAGAAGUUGGUGUGAAAAAUUCAUGAUCAAUGAUGAUCCAACCAACGAUGAGUUCCUGAUUGGGAUGGAUAUGUAUGUCAAGCUAAUGAAACAGUGUUGGUCAACAAAUCCAAUCGAGAGGCCUUCAUUUGAAAGAAUUCUUCAAAAAUUGACUGAUAUCUACAACAUGGAGCUUUAA